CAGCCCACUGACAUACCACCGCUGACUGACAUGUGGCAGCGGUCUGCUGACACCCAGUCGUCGCCUGGUAAGAUAUGGGGACAACAUUAUAGACUAGGAUCUAAGCCACUGCAUCCGGGACCCAUGGCAGAUCUCCCAAGUACAACAAUACCGCCUGUCAUGUUUCUUCCCCCCCCCCCCACCGCCGAUAUCCUCUUCUACCGUAGGUUCGCGGCUACCCCAGUUACCCCUAGACCCUCAUGAUCUCCUUCGCUCAUCUUCCCAUACGCAUACGGUAUACGCUGCUCGUAAUAAUGAGCCUGACGAUCUCCCCAUUGAAGUAAUGCUUCAAGACCUCUCAAAAUAUAUUAUCAGGGACGGAGACUAUCCUGUUGCUCGUGGCGGAUUCGGGGAGAUCUGGAGGUGCACCUUGAACAACGAUCGUAGCUUGGUCAAAGUCGCAGUAAAAGCAUUACAGGUGUACGCUGAUGAUCAAAUUGGGGAAGCGAAGGCGAAAAAGAUCAAGAGGAUAAAGCGUGAAAUCAGGAUAUGUGCCAACCUCAAGCAUGCAAAUAUUCUACCAAUUUACGGUUAUACGCGUGGCUUCGGCCCAUUUAUAGCGAUGGUCAGUCCUUGGGCGGAGAAUGGUAACCUGACGGUCUAUUUGGAGCGCGAGGGUGCGGCUUUCACUCUCGUUCGACGAUUCCAGAUGCUAAGAGAUAUCAUAGCUGGUCUGCAGUAUCUUCACGCCAACAGUGUCAUCCAUGGUGACUUCAAUGGGCCUAAUGUGCUAAUCCGUGGUGAUGGCACUGCGUGUGUUGCUGACUUUGGUCUUUCCUUGAUGUAUUCCGAGGUCAUAAGCGCCUCUCAGGCUUCCUGGACAUCCACCCUCAAAGGAAACAUGCGAUGGAUGGCCCCUGAGCUACUUGUACCAGAGAAGGAGGAUGGAUCUCCAACUCGUCCGAGCGAGCAGAGCGACAUCUUUUCCUUCGGGGGUAUCAUGUUGCAGGUCCUCACUAACAAAAUCCCUUAUUAUUACCUCCCAAAUGACGCCGCUAUCGUCCUAUGCAUAGCUAGGUCGGAAACCCCCUCCAGAGCUCGUUAUCCUGAGCUCCUCGAAAAAUACUGGACAUUUAUGGAGCAAUGUUGGUCUACUGAUCCUCGGGACCGUCCAUCGACGGAGGGAGCUGAUGUGACGAUCAGGAAUGAAUAUUACUCGUUGUCCAGAGCUCGUUGAUUCUUGCACUUGACUUGCAUUCAAACAGUACAACUACUAGAUAGAUAAACCUAGGUACAUCUGUAUAGUAACGUAGGCUCACUCCAAGAUUUCUCUCGUAAUAUUGAAGCACAGCAAUGCUCUGUAGUUCCUAAAAUCAGGCACUACUAGUACUACUG